UAGUUUAAAAAAAAAAAAUCAUUUCCUGAAAACCUAGUACAGACAUGUAACCUGCAGGAAGGGAGCAAGAUGAUCUGGAAACCUUUACUUUUGCUGAAUUCUGGAGAUAAUUUGCUGCAGGCAAGAGGUUUUUGGGUGCUGCUGAAAUUUCGGAGAUCUGGGAAAAUGGGGUAAUAGAAUAACAUGACACCAGUCCUUAAGCAACAACAUCUGCUGUGGUUCAAAGCCACACAAAGAAAGCUACUUAAGCAGCUGAAUGUUUUGGACUGCAUGGACAAGUGUGGUUCAACUGCUAAGGCUGCGGCAUAGAGGGAACUCGCAGCUUAGAGAAGUUGUUUAAAAAUGGAGUCCUGGAAGAUGAACAUCUUUAAGAGACAGACAUCACCUUAUCCUCCAAGCUAUCGAAGAUCUUUAUCAGAACCUGCUUAUACAAAUUCAGAGAUCAGAACAAGCUUAAAGGGCUAUCCAUGGUGUGGUCCGUUGAAAAGCAAGAGGAAGAAAAAUGAACAUGAUGUUUCCAAUCUAGGAAAGCCAUUGAGUGCUUAUAGGUGGCAAACACAUCCCAGCUUCAGGUGCAAAGGGGGCAAGAAAGAGAGCAUGCAAAAUAAUAAAGGAGACCUGGAUGAACUACUACAACAAAAGGUCACGCCAAAGAUGGUGGAUAGUAAUGCUGCUGCUUCUGCUAGUGAGGUCCUUGGAAUGUCAGCAGAGAAGCUGGACCAGGCCAACACCCGGUCACUUCGGGUUCCAUUCACCAGAUCUAUUUCCGAGCCAGAACCCCGCUGCAGUGUCAGAUCUGUGAGACCAUCACCGACUUCAGGGAGGUCAGUGGAGUCUGUGCAGCAGGGAUAUUUCAUCCGUGGCAUUUUCUCUACUCUUUCCAAUGGCUUCUCCAGGAUGCUGAGUCUGAAAGGAGAAUCAACCAAUGAGCCAGUAAGAAAAGAUGUGAAAGGACCACCUACGCAUCGUCUGUCUUGUGGCCAGUCACCCUACACUGAUACGACAACAUGGGAGCGGAAGUAUUGCAUCCUCACAGACAGCCAGUUGGUGUUGCUCAACAAGGAGAAGGAGAUACCCACAGAGGGAGGUCAGGAGCAGCAGGCCGAUUCCACCAAAGGGAGAUGCCUGAGAAGAACUGUCAGUGUCCCUUCAGAGGGCCAGUUUCCUGAGUACCCACCAGAGGGCACCACUAAACUGGAGGUGCCAGCAGAAAGAUCCCCUCGCAGACGGAGUAUCUCAGGGACCAGUACCUCCGAGAAACCCAACUCCAUGGACACUGCUUAUACCUCACCUUUCAAAGUACCAGGGUUCUUCAGCAAGCGCCUGAAAGGCUCCAUCAAGAGGACCAAAAGCCAAUCAAAGCUUGACAGAAACACCAGCUUUCGGCUUCCAUCUCUUCGCAAUACAGAUGACAGGUCUCGUGGGCUGCCUAAACUGAAAGAGUCCCGUUCCCAUGAGUCCUUGCUGAGCCCAUGCAGUGCAGUGGAGUGCCUGGAUCUUGGAAGAGGGGAGCCCGUGUCAGUGAAACCACUUCAUAGUAGCAUCCUUGGACAAGACUUCUGCUUCGAGGUUACCUACUUGAGUGGAAGUAAAUGCUUCAGCUGUAACUCCGCUUCAGAAAGAGAUAAGUGGAUGGAAAACCUUCGUAGGACAGUCCAACCAAAUAAGGACAAUUGCAGACGAGCUGAAAAUGUUCUUCGUUUAUGGAUCAUUGAAGCUAAGGACCUUGCCCCUAAAAAAAAAUAUUUCUGUGAACUGUGCCUUGAUGAUACCCUCUUUGCUCGUACAACCAGCAAGACCAAAGCAGACAAUAUUUUCUGGGGCGAACAUUUUGAAUUCUACAGCCUUCCACCUCUUCAUAGCAUCACAGUUCACAUUUAUAAAGAUGUGGAAAAAAAGAAAAAGAAGGACAAGAAUAAUUAUGUAGGACUAGUCAACAUCCCCUCUGCCAGUGUGACUGGUCGCCAAUUUGUAGAAAAGUGGUAUCCAGUGAGUACACCUACACCGAACAAAGGAAAGACAGGAGGACCUUCUAUUCGGAUUAAAUCACGUUUCCAAACUAUCACCAUUCUGCCUAUGGAACAGUACAAAGAAUUUGCAGAAUUUGUCACCAGCAACUAUACCAUGCUAUGUUCUGUCCUUGAACCAGUAAUUAGUGUGAGAAAUAAAGAGGAGCUGGCUUGUGCCUUAGUGCACAUUCUUCAAAGUACUGGCAGAGCCAAGGAUUUUCUGACGGACUUGGUGAUGUCUGAGGUGGAUCGUUGUGGAGAACAUGAUGUCUUGAUCUUCAGAGAGAAUACCAUUGCCACCAAGUCCAUUGAGGAAUACCUCAAGUUGGUGGGACAACAGUAUCUUCAUGAUGCCUUGGGGGAGUUCAUCAAAGCUUUGUAUGAGUCAGAUGAGAACUGUGAAGUGGAUCCCAGCAAAUGUUCAUCUAGUGAAUUGAUAGACCAUCAGAGCAACCUGAAAAUGUGCUGUGAGCUGGCUUUCUGCAAGAUCAUCAACUCUUACUGUGUUUUUCCUCGUGAACUGAAAGAGGUGUUUGCAUCAUGGAAGCAGCAGUGCCUGAACCGUGGGAAGCAAGACAUCAGCGAACGGCUCAUCAGUGCCUCGUUGUUCCUGCGUUUCCUGUGCCCAGCCAUCAUGUCUCCCAGUCUGUUCAACCUAAUGCAGGAGUAUCCUGAUGACCGCACGUCUCGGACUCUGACUCUAAUUGCCAAGGUCAUUCAGAAUCUGGCUAACUUUGCCAAAUUUGGUAACAAAGAAGAAUACAUGGCAUUCAUGAAUGAUUUUCUAGAACAUGAGUGGGGUGGAAUGAAGCGCUUUCUUUUGGAGAUCUCUAAUCCAGACACCAUCUCAAACACCCCAGGCUUUGAUGGUUACAUUGACCUGGGCCGGGAGCUUUCAGUUUUGCAUUCCUUACUGUGGGAAGUAGUUUCCCAGCUCGAUAAGGGUGAAAAUUCCUUCCUACAGGCGACUGUGGCAAAACUGGGACCUCUCCCUCGAGUUCUUGCUGAUAUCACCAAGUCUCUGACUAACCCUACGCCAAUACAGCAGCAACUGAGACGCUUCACUGAGCAUAACUCCAGUCCCAAUGUCAGUGGAAGCCUCUCCUCUGGGCUGCAGAAAAUAUUUGAAGACCCUUCUGACAGUGAUUUGCAUAAACUAAAGUCUCCAAGCCAGGACAACACAGAUAGCUAUUUCAGGGGGAAAACAUUAUUGCUGGUCCAACAAGCCUCCUCCCAGAGCAUGACUUAUUCUGAGAAGGAUGAAAAGGAAGGUAGCCUUCCUAAUGGGCGGAGCAUCUCCCUCAUGGACCUCCAGGACACGCACGCUGCUCAAGUGGAGCAUGCGACCGUCAUGCUCGAUGUGCCUCUGCGCUUGACCGGAAGUCAGCUUUCCAUAACCCAGGUCGCCAGCAUCAAGCAGCUGCGGGAAACCCAAAGCACACCCCAGAGUGCACCCCAAGUCAGAAGGCCCCUGCACCCGGCCUUGAACCAGCCAGGCAGCCUCCAGCCCUUGUCAUUCCAAAACCCUGUCUAUCACCUCAGUAACCCAAUCCCAGCAAUGCCAAAGACCUCCGUGGAUUCCAGUUUGGAGAACCUAAGCACUGCCAGUUCCAGAAGCCAAAGUAACAGUGAGGACUUCAAGCUCAGUGGACCCAGCAAUAGCAGCAUGGAAGACUUCAGCAAACGUAGCACUCAGAGCGAGGACUUCUCCAGGCGGCACACUAUGCCAGACAGGCACAUACCUCUUGCUCUGCCCCGGCAAAAUAGUACUGGGCAGGCGCAGAUCCGAAAAAUGGACCAAGCCGGAUUGGGUGCCCGGGCUAAAGCCGCGCCGUCCCUGCCACACAGUGCUUCCUUACGGAGCACGGGGAGCAUGUCGGUGGCCUCGGCAGCCCUGGUGGCCGAGCCUGUGCAGAAUGGAAGCCGGUCCCGGCAGCAGUCCUCUUCCUCCAGAGAGAGCCCUGUCCCCAAAGUGAGAGCGAUCCAGAGACAGCAGACACAGCAGGUUCAGUCACCUGUGGACUCUGCCACAAUGUCCCCAGUAGAGAGGACAGCAGCCUGGGUUCUGAACAAUGGGCAGUAUGAAGAGGAUGUGGAAGAAACUGAGCAAAAUCAAGAUGAAGCCAAGCAUGCUGAGAAGUAUGAACAGGAAAUCACUAAACUGAAGGAGCGCCUGCGAGUGUCCAGCCGGAGGCUAGAGGAGUAUGAGCGCCGGCUGCUGGUGCAGGAGCAGCAGAUGCAGAAGCUGCUGCUGGAGUACAAGGCCCGGCUGGAGGACAGCGAGGAACGGCUGCGCCGGCAGCAAGAAGAGAAGGACAGCCAGAUGAAGAGCAUCAUCAGCAGGCUAAUGGCUGUGGAAGAGGAAUUGAAGAAGGAUCAUGCUGAGAUGCAAGCAGUUAUUGAUGCAAAGCAGAAAAUAAUCGAUGCACAGGUCCUAAAUGGAGAUGAGAUUAUUCAAACAGGAAAAACGGAUCGUGUCCCUGGAUUCGGCCAACACCAGACUGAUGAGCGCGCUGACCCAGGUGAAGGAGCGGUACAGCAUGCAGGUCCGAAAUGGCCUCUCUCCCACCAACCCCACCAAGCUUUCCAUCACGGAGAAUGGUGAAUUCAAAAACAGCAGCUGCUGACGGCCUUGGUGACUAGACAGACUGUGGGAGGAGACAGAAGGAAAUGUCCCCGCUCUCCUGUCCCCUGCCCUUCCCCCAGCCCCACCAGGUUUACAGAAUGUUGCUACUUCAGAACAGCAGUGAGGUGAGAAACUCUCAAUUGAAAAAGGAGCCUUGUCUUUCAGGGCAUAAGGCGAAGACUCCCGAGGUCAAUGCUUUCCCCCCACGUCUCUGUGUACACAGGGGACUUAGUUCUGGGCCAUGUACAGAAAAUACCACUGUAAUAUACCCAAAGGAAGUUAAUAAUGUAGAUUACCUUUUUAAUUAUUGCUGUUUUUAUUAUUGUUUUCCUCUUAUUGAAAGCACUGCAGUUGUUAGUUGUAUGAGUGAGAAAUGAGCCCAGUGGGUCAGUAGGGAGAGACCCAGUGUCUGUCUGUCUGGUAGAAGAAGCUCACGGUGUACAAUAGAACAUUGUCAGAGUGAAUUUUUCAGGGAUUCAUCUGCCAGUUUAAGAAAAAUCCCUCUCCGGCCCCCUGGUCCUUUAGGAAAACAUGCAAAUACUAAGGUCUAAACAAAACAUUUAAUCCCACUGACCAACCAAGACUGGCUCUGGAAGGACAGCUACUCCACUUUGGGGAAACGCUGCUUCAGAGGACACAGACGAGAGCUCUUGCCUCAAAACUGGACUUUAGGAGUGAGUUCUGUUGAACUCCUGUUGAUGUUUUAUCCUUUCUGUCUAUAGCAGAUGGGAAUUUUCCAUUUUAGAUAGGGGGCUGUUUUUUUUUUUACCCCAGUUGUAAUAAAGGGUGUUCUCUUUCCUCUUUA